AUGGAGAUAGGGAGGCCGAUAAAUUUAGACGACAAGAGCCUCAUUGAGUAUUUUGUGGAUGGUAUUCCUGACUCUAGGGCAAACAAGGCGAAUUUGUAUCAUGCUGCUACAAUUGCAGAGUUGAAAACCCAGAUUCUCAUAUACGAUAAAGUGCGUUCAGGGCGCCAACUCAGUUUGGGCGCAGGGGAAAAGCGAAGAUUCGAGCAAGAGUGUAACAAAGCCGCAAGUAACCGAUACAAACGUUGCUAUCGAUGUGGCGAGGUAGGGCAUUUGGCUAACAGCUGUCAGCGUCAGCGACAGCCGACAUGCUUCGGAUGCAACAAACCGGGACAUCGCAUUGCGGACUGUCCGACAAAGAAAGUGCAGGUUAAGCAGGAAACACCUCGUGUGAACACUUUAGAAUCGGUGCGUGCUGCUUCUGUAGGAUGCGUUAUUUUUAAGGAUCUAUUAACUAUUUCACGUUUUCGGCAUUGCUAG